CCAUGAUGGAUAAGAGCACCCCAACGCUUCUGGACAAACCCUAUCGCCCUUUCCCUCUCUUCCUCGCUCGCUCUCAUCACUGCAACCCACAACAGAAGCCUUGUGGCCAUGACCGUCAUCGUCCAUGCGCUCUGCGUCGUCCCCGCGCCAUGAGACCUUGUCCAUCCUCUCCGUCAUCGUCCGCUUCAUCAUCUGCGUCCACGAGCUCGAGCCGGCAUCCACUCCAUCGCCGGGAUCGAGCCCUUCUUCUUCCUCCGACCGACCCCAUCUCGCCGUCACCACCGCUGCUCCGGUCCAUCCCCGCGGCAACCGAGGUGUCCACAAGCCUCGUGAUGGAGGUGGCCAGAAGCGUAGUCUUCGACGGGACAUUGGAGUCCAGGAGCCAGACGCCACCGUUGAUGACGACUACUACUACUCGGGAGGUGCCUGCUACUACAUGCAGGCCACUGACGAUGACCAUGAGUAGUUUAGGAGGAUCCCAGGCAGGAGGCCUAUGCCUCUUUCGAUAAGUAUCCCAGUUUAUGUUAGCCUUCUUAAGGAAAUCUUCUUUAACUUAUGUCUGUACUCAGAUAUUAUUGCUUCCGCUCACUCUUGUGUAUUCGAGCUUAUGUAUUCGAGCCCUCGAGG